GGGGGUAGGGGGGUGGAGACCCCCCCGAUGCCCUCCCUGCGGUGGGGGUGCCAGCCCCACGGGAGCAAGUGAACACUCACCCCAUAGCGGGUGACAUGCUGUGGGGCUGGGGGGGAGGGGGUCCCGCAGCCACGGCGGGGGGGUGCCGGUGCCACGCCGUGCCACGCAUUCAGAGUCUUCCUUUGGUGAUGGCGGGGGCUCCCUACCCUUUGGGGAACACGGCCUGGCCCCCCCCGGGUGUUCUCUGUCACCCCACUGACCGAGCCCGGCCUUUCACCCCCCAGGACGCCACCCCCCCCGAGGGGCCCGAGUCUGGCAAGGCCAAGUCCGAGUACCGCAACUACAGGGAGGGGAAGCUGCUGGACCGCGUCUACAACACCUACCUGCAGAUGCACACCCACCAGACCGUCGACUUCGUCCGCAAGAAGAGCGCCGAGUACGGGAGCUGUUCCCUGCGCAAGAUGGGCGCCAUGGAGGCGCUGGAGCUGCUGGACCAGCUGGUGGAUGAGUCCGACCCCGACGUGGACUUCCCCAACUCCUACCACGCAUACCAAACCGCCGAGGGCAUCCGCAGGGCCCACCCUGACAAAGACUGGUUCCACCUCGUGGGGCUGCUGCACGACCUGGGGAAGGUCCUGGCACUGUUCGGGGAGCCCCAGUGGGCCGUGGUGGGGGACACCUUCCCUGUGGGCUGCAAGGUGCAGAAGUCCGUGGUCUUCGGGGACACCACCUUCCAUGACAACCCCGACACUAGAGACCCCCUGUACAGCACCGAGUACGGGAUGUACCAGCCCCGCUGCGGCCUGGAGAACAUCCUCAUGUCCUGGGGACACGACGAGUACAUGUACAGAGUCAUGAAGGUCAACCGCUUCGCCCUGCCCAAGGAGGCCUUCUACAUGGUGCGGUUCCACUCCUUCUACCCCUGGCACGCGCACGGGGACUACCUGCACCUCUGCUCCGAGGAGGACCUCCGCAUGCUGCCCUGGGUCCGCGAGCUCAACAAGUUCGACCUCUACACCAAGCAGGAGGAGCUGCCCGACGUGCAGCAGCUGCGGGGCUACUACCAGUCCCUCAUCGACAAGUACUGCCCCGGGCAGCUCUGCUGGUGAGCGGGACCCUCGCGCCGAGCGGGACCCCCCCACCAGGACUGCUGCACCCCACUGGGACCCCCCCACUGGGACUGCUGCACCGCACCGGGACCCCCACACUGAGUGGGACCCCCCACCGGGACCCCCGCGCUGAGUGGGACCCUCAUUGGGACUGCUGCACCGCACCGGGACCCCCGCACUGCGACCCCCACACUGCAGCAGGACCCCCCCACCGGGACUGCUGCACUGCACUGGGACCCCCACAGUGCAGCGGGACCACCAGACUGCACGACAACCACCACACUGGUGAUCCCCACACCGGGACUGCCGCACUGCACCGGGACCCCCGCACUGCACAACCACCUCCGAACUGGGGACCGCCGCACUGCACCGGGGACCCCCGCACCGCACCAUGGCUGCUGCGCCAGGGACCCCCGCACCGCGACCACUGCAGUGGGACCCCCACCUGCCCCACAGCACAGCGAUUCAAUAAACCUGCUCGUCGCACA